GGAGAAGGGGCAGGUAGAUGAGCGAGAGCAGCCGAGGGGCGAGAGGGGAGGGGAUUCCGGGCUGCCAAGAACCUUCCUCCUUCUGCCCCGCUUGGGAGGGCCAUGAGGGAGAGGGUGACCUCCAGCCAAACUAGAGAGCAGCCCGGUCAGAGCUUGGCAUGGCUCCAAUGAGCCCCUGUGUGGCCACUUCUCUCUUUGCUGCCUACCUCUGCCUUUGGAGAGGGAUCCUGGGCCAUGACUUCCUAGGCCCAAGGGUGCUGGCUGAACCUGUUCUUACUCCCAACACCAUCUGCAUGACCCUCCCCUGGCUGAGCCGGCGCCAACUUGGGCUCUGCACCCGCAGCCCAGAAGCCAUGGCUUCAGCUCUGCAAGGCGUCCACCUCGCCAUCCACGAAUGCCGGCAUCAGCUGCAAGAGAGGCGGUGGGAUUGCUCGGACUUGAGCAGCAGUGGCACCAUGCUUCUCAACAGCGCUGUUCUGAAGAGAGGCUUCCGGGAAAGCGCCUUUGCCUUCUCGCUGCUGGCAGCUGGGGUGACCCAUGCGGUAGCCACAGCCUGUAGCCUUGGGGAGCUGCAGAGCUGUGGUUGCGCCAGGCAAGGCACCGAGAACCAGAAGCUGAAACUCAGCCAGCUGCAGACCCUGAGCCGCGGCAAGGCCUCCUUGUGGGGGGAGCCUGGCCCCCAGGACACCUGGGAGUGGGGGGGCUGCAGUGCAGACUUUGACUAUGCCCAGAAAUUUGCUCGGCAUUUCUUGGACCCUCGAGGGAAACCGCGCGAUGCUCACGCACGGAUGCAGCUCCACAGUCACCGCAUAGGCAGAAAGGUUGUGUCAGAGCUGAGCCAGCGGAGAUGUAAAUGCCACGGCCCCUCAGGGAGCUGCCAGUUCCGGACCUGCUGGUUGGCAGCACCCGAUUUCCGCCGUGUGGGCUCUCACCUGAGGGAGCGAAUGGACCAUGCCAUACUCUUGCGGCCGCACAACAGCAACUCGGGGGCCUUCCGGCGCCUCCAACGCUCGCGCCUGGCCAAGCACCUCAUCUUCUACGAACCCUCGCCUGACUUUUGCGAGCCUGACCCCAGCCUGGGCUCGCCGGGCACCCAUGGCCGCCCUUGCACCAAGGGCAGCGUGCGGCCCGACAGCUGCAGCAGCCUGUGCUGCGGCCGGGGCCACAAUGUGCUGCAGGAGGUGCAUGCCCAGCGUUGCCACUGCCGCUUCCACUGGUGCUGCCACGUGGAGUGCGAGGAGUGCCCUGCCACAGAAUGGGUGAACGUCUGCAAGUGACGUGGAACGAGGCCCUGUCCUCCCAGAGACCUUGCUACAUGGGGCAUGGCUGCAUGGCGCGGGCCUGGCGCCAUGUGCCAAUGAGCUGCUUUUGAAGGGCACCUCGUUUCAGGGGGCCCGGCACCCCACGAGACUAGGCCUUCCGCGGAACAUGCUUACUGUGGUUCUUCUGCCACAUCCCAAACAUGCCAUGCUUGGGCCUCUCCUAACACCAUGACAGGAAGGAUUUGCUGCAGUGUGGAAACACACAUACAAAUGGAUGGAUCGCAGAUGGAUUUCUAAGCCCAGCAUGGAAGCUGUAGCCUUCCGUCGGCCUGUUUCCCCAUGGUGGUGCCAGACUCUCUGUGCAUAGUGCCUUGUUUUAUGGUGAACUGCUACCCAAGGAUUAUUUGGGGGUUGGUGGCGGCGAGGAAGCAGGCAUGACAUGUUGAAGGCUUUGUGUCCCAGUGUGUUGCUCUUCAAAUACCUGUUGUGGGGGAGACACCUAACAUUAUUGGCCUAAAUCCUGCAUCAGGGCUGAUGCAGGCGAGUGCAAGGGAUGAGUUGUGGGACCCCAGCUGGGCUGCUGGUCGUUUCAGAGCCCCAGUGCAGCCAAUGGAAGGGGCUGGGACACUGAAAGGCUGUGUGUGCAUGGCCAGCUUAACACACAACUAGGUCUCUCAGUUCGGAUUGAAGCUAGUUUGUGGGGGAAUGCAUCAAAAC